GAGGAAACAUUGCGCUCUGCGUCCAAUCUGGAUACAAGAGACCACGGGUCAGAUGGGGAUGAUUCAAACCCAGAUUCAAAUCGGGGACAGGGGAAUGAGAGCCAGGCUCAGUUAUUGACUGAAGAAAAUGGCUCUGCUGGAGAGGAUUGCACGGGACAUGGUCAUUGCAGCUUUUCAUCCCUUGAGAUUAUUGUUCCUAGUCCUGGGCGGCCCUAUAUAUGAUCACAGUUUAUCAUGUUUAUCAUCUGUUUUCGAAUCUUUUCCGCGCACAAUGCUGAGGAUCGAGUCGUCGGGCAGGGGACUGAUGGCAAAGAUGCGGACCCGAUGUUGAACUACGCUUACUUGGGAGACAAAGUGGGAGACGGUAUUUUUGCAUGGAUGACUGUGGCGGUCAAUUUUUCUGCUGUUCACUACCUCAACGUUUACACGGCCAACGGGGAAGUUCGGCGGAGAGAACCAGCAAAGAUACCAUCGUGGUUGUCAACAAAUCACCUGAACUACCCUAUUCAGUACAUGAUUUUCUUGUUAUUAUAGAAUGGGUUGAGCUGUUAGCCGUUGCUUUGAAUUGAACCGCAAACUUUUCCAAAUACCUGCUCAUUACCCGGACUAGGC